GGGGAAUGUGAACGUUGUGUGUGGACGUUUAUUAUCAUAUUUGUUUAUUUUUAAAGACAAUGACUUUGAAUUUAAGUUAACGUGAUCGCAGAAGUAAGCAGACGCAGGAGUGCGCGUGUUUAUUCAGUGCUGUGAGUAACUUUGUAUUGCUUUGCAUAUCAAUGGCAGCUGCCACCAAAACCCCUCCGGGUGCAGAUCCCAAGCAGCUGGAGCGCACCGGUACCGUCCGAGAAAUCGGAUCACAAGCUGUGUGGUCGCUGUCUUCCUGUAAGCCAGGGUUUGGAGUGGAUCAGCUGAGGGAUGAUAAUCUAGAGACGUACUGGCAGUCUGACGGCUCUCAGCCACAUCUCGUCAACAUUCAGUUCAGGAGGAAGACCACUGUGAAGAUGCUGUGUAUUUAUGCUGAUUAUAAAUCAGAUGAGAGCUACACUCCCAGCAAGAUCUCAGUCAGAGUCGGAAACAACUUUCACAACCUGCAGGAGAUUCGGCAGUUGGAGAUGGUGGAGCCGAGCGGUUGGAUUCAUAUCCCACUGUUAGAUUUGGUGAACAAUCCCAUCAGAACCUUCAUGAUCCAGAUCGCUGUGCUGGCCAACCACCAAAAUGGGCGCGACACGCAUAUGCGACAGAUCAAGGUGUACACGCCUGUGGAGGAAGGUUCUAUUGGGAAAUUCCCACGAUGCACCACUGUGGACUUCAUGAUGUACCGCACCAUCAGGUGACCUGAGCUGAGUUUCAAUGGACUGAAGUGUAACUCUAUCCUGGAAUAAAACCACUUCUGGGUC